AUGGCAGGCCCGGACCACUGCGCCCGCUCCGGCCUUGGCCUCGGCUGCUGCCUCCUCUUCCUCCUCGCUGCUCAGGAAGCAGAUGCUACCACACUUCAAGAACUCCAGGACACUGGUGAAUCCCCAACGUCUGAUCAUUUAUCCCCUCCUACUCCAAACCUUGUUUAUAGUAUUCCCUCGCACCACACUGCUCUUCAUUUAGGACAUAGUAGUCCAGACCAUCCUAAACCUACAAAAAACCAUCAGCCCAAACACCAUUGCCAUACCACACACAAUUUCAGACCAAUUCACAAAUCAAUAGAUAACUCCAAAAACUCUACAACACAUCAUGAAACUCCUCCCACUUCUGAACAAAACCCUACCAAUCAAGGAAAAGACCCAAUUAUCCGGAAUGGACGCUCUGCUGAAUCUGGUAUCACACAUAAAAAAUUGUCGAAUGCAAAAUAUCCAACCCCAAGACCCAAGAGCAAAACAACAUGUACUACCUCCAAAAAAAGAUCACCAACCCACGUUCAACAUAGCACAUCAGCUCAUGAGAUCACAAGAGCCCCGGCAAUGCCUACAGGCCAUGUUCAACACAACACAUCAGAUCAUGUUCAACACAACACAUCAGAUCAUGAGAAGACCACAAGAUCCCCAGCAAUGCCUACAGGCCAUGUUCAACACAAUACAUCAGAUCAUGUUCAACACAGCACAUCAUCCCAUGUUCAACACAGCACAUCAGAUCAUGAGAAGACCACAGGAGCCCUGACAAUGCCUACAGACCAUGUUCAACACAGCACAUCGGCCCAUGAGAAGACCACAGGAGCCCUGACAAUGCCUACAGACCAUGUUCAACACAGCACAUCAGAUCAUGAGAAGACCACAGGAGCCCUGACAAUGCCUACAGACCAUGUUCAACACAGCACAUCAGAUCAUGAGAAGACCACAGGAGCCCUGACAAUGCCUACAGACCAUGUUCAACACAGCACAUCAGAUCAUGAGAAGACCACAGGAGCCCUGACAAUGCCUACAGACCAUGUUCAACACAGCACAUCAGAUCAUGAGAAGACCAUAGGAGACUUGACAAUGCCUACAGACCAUGUUCAACACAGCACAUCAGAUCAUGAGAAGACCACAGGAGCCCUAACAAUGCCUACAGGUCAUGUUCAACACAGCACAUCAGAUCAUGAGAAGACCACAGGAGCCCUGACAAUGCCUACAGACCAUGUUCAACACAGCACAUCAGAUCAUGAGAAGUCCACAGGAGCCCUGACAAUGCCUACAGACCAUGUUCAACACAGCACAUCAGAUCAUGAGAAGACCACAGGAGCCCUGACAAUGCCUACAGACCAUGUUCAACACAGCACAUCAGAUCAUGAGAAGACCACAGGAGCCCUGACAAUGCCUACAGACCAUGUUCAACACAGCACAUCAGAUCAUGAGAAGACCACAGGAGCCCUGACAAUGCCUACAGACCAUGUUCAACACAGCACAUCAGAUCAUGAGAAGACCACAGGAGCCCUGACAAUGCCUACAGACCAUGUUCAACACAGCACAUCAGAUCAUGAGAAGACCACAGGAGCCCUGACAAUGCCUACAGACCAUGUUCAACACAGCACAUCAGAUCAUGAGAAGACCACAGGAGCCCUGACAAUGCCUACAGACCAUGUUCAACACAGCACAUCAGAUCAUGAGAAGUCCACAGGAGCCCUGACAAUGCCUACAGACCAUGUUCAACACAGCACAUGGGCCCAUGAGAAGACCACAGGAGCCCUGACAAUGCCUACAGACCAUGUUCAACGCAGCACAUCAGAUCAUGAGAAGUCCACAGGAGCCCUGACAAUGCCUACAGGUCAUGUUCAACACAGCACAUCAGAUCAUGAGAAGACCACAGGAGCCCUGACAAUGCUUACAGACCAUGUUCAACACAGCACAUCAGAUCAUGAGAAGUCCACAGGAGCCCUGACAAUGCCUACAGACCAUGUUCAACACAGCACAUGGGCCCAUGAGAAGACCACAGGAGCCCUGACAAUGCCUACAGACCAUGUUCAACACAGCACAGCAGCCCAUGAGAAGACCACAGGAGCCCUGACAAUGCCUACAGACCAUGUUCAACACAGCACAUCAGAUCAUGAGAAGACCACAGGAGCCCUGACAAUGCCUACAGACCAUGUUCAACACAGCACAUCAGAUCAUGAGAAGACCACAAGAUCCCCGGCAAUGCCUACAGGUCAUGUUCAACACAGCACACCGGCCCAUGUUCAACACAGCACAUCGGCCCAUGUUCAACACAGCACAUCGGCUCAUAUUCAAUACAGCACAGUGGCCACAGAGCCAAGCACAGGAGCCUCAGGACAGGCUACAGUGCACACAAAGAAGACCACAUCUACCAACGGGAGGGCCACACCAAACCCAGUAGAGCCUACAGAAACCCCAGGAAGAACCACAGCUGCCACAGAGACUAUAAGGCCUCCAGUCAAGGUCACAGGAGAGAAAUCUAUCAGUUCUUCCACUCCUGGUCCAGCUAAAACCGGUCAGGUGCCCACUGGCUUGUCUGCCCUCCCCACUUCUAGCUUGAAGCUGAGUUCUAUCAUGUCAGAAGCCCCAGUCAACCAGAGCCAAGGAUACCAGAACAAAGAUGGCUCCCAGGGAGGCCUCCAUGGGGGAGAGAUGCAGGACGGUGCUUCAUUCCCCGCGUGGGCCAUCGUUAUUGUGGUCCUGGUAGCUGUGAUUCUCCUCUUGCUGUUCCUUGGCCUGAUCUUUCUGGUCUCCUAUAUGACUCGAACACGCAGUGCGCUGGUCCACAGCCAUGAGGACAAUGACCCAGAGGAGGAUGGGGGCCCCAAUUCUUACCCAGUCUACCUGAUGGAGCAGCAGACACUCGGUGUGGGCCAGAUCCCUUCCCCACAAUGA